AUGUUUUCCGAUUGUUUCUGUGACCCUUCCGGCAUUAUUUAUUCUCAACUUUGCCGGGCAACAUCGGCUGAAAAAGUACCAGCAAUACCAAAGCUGACUGCCUGUGUGAUAAGUGAAAUACAUAAUAAAAAUAAGUUAUUAAAAGUGAUAAAAGCAAACUUUAUACCGACAAGAAAAGGUAGUAUGCUAUUAGUACACAAUGGAUUUGCUUUCCGUUUAAAAAAUAAACUGGCUUAUGGGAAGAAGCAGUGGUAUUGCACUUCAAGAACGAAGACAGGCUGUCAAGUUGAUGUUACUACUAUAUUCCAGGAUGCUAAAAUUGUUGUGAACAGAGUCAGGAAUAAACACAAUCAUCCUGCACCGGGAUUUUACCGUCGGAAUGAUGGUUCAUUUAAGGUUGUAUGA